AUGAAGACCCAUCUCUACCUUCUCUUGCUGGCUGCGGGCAUCUCUGCUGCUCCCCAGAUGAGCAGCAUGGCUGAACUACUGACAUUGCUACAGCAAAUGUGCGAGUCAAUGGCCAACGACGUCCAGAAUCUGAGGAUUGAAACUCCAGACAAUAUAGAUGAUGUGAAUUGUGUCAGCACAAUCUUUGAAGGAACAGAACAGCUGAAAACUCAUCCAGCUAUGAAAAAAUUCAGUGUUUUUUUCCAAAAAUUUGAAAGGCUGAAGCAAUCACUCACACCAAGCCUAGCAAAAGAGGGGAAAUGUGAUACAGAAAGAAUGAAUGCAACAAGAUUCAUGGAAAAGCUGAUGACGUUCGUCCGAAAAGCAUCCAAAAAAACAAGACUGUAG